GCUAGCUAGCUGGUAGGACACACAACCAAAAACUAUUCUUUUGGUAUUUGUUCCCUCAAUUCAGCUUUGCUUUCUCUCUCUCUCUCUCUAGCUAGGAGUUCCUCUCUCCCUCUCACUCUAGAGAGAGAGGGAGGAAGGAAGAGAGAUCUGAGGCCAGGAUCGAUCGAUUGAGGGAGGAGGGAGGGAGUUAGGCAUGGACGACUUCAUGCAGUGGGCGAUGAACACGCUGGACCAGCAGCAGUACCACGCCGCCGCCGCCGCCGCGGCUCCUCCCGUAUACGGUGGUGCUGGCUCCAGCUCCGGUGGCAGCAGUGCUGGUGCCGCCUUCCCGUCGCUGCAGGCGCUCCGCGAGUCCACGGCGGCCGGCGGCGGCGUCAGGGACCUGAGGGUGCAGGUGGACCACCACCAGCCCAGCAGCUGGAGCACCAGCUCCGGCGACAGCCCCGGCGCCGCCAUGGACCACGACGCGGCCGCCGCCGGACCCGGGUGGUCCCCGCACACAGCCCGCGCCAGGACCAAGACCACCAACAGCAGCAGGCCCAUGAGCUGGAACUUCAGCGCCGCCGCCGCGUCCUCGCAGGCCGCGCAGCUGCCGGCUGACAUCGACAUCUCCCCGCGGCCGGCCCCUGCCCCCAGAGGCCAUAGUACGCCCGCCGCUGGGAGGAGAUCGGGGGGCAGCGCGCAGGGCUCAACGGCCGGGCCGUCAGCCUCUCCGGGGCCCGUGCAGGACCACAUCAUCGCCGAGCGCCGCCGCCGGGAGAAGAUCAACCAGCGCUUCAUCGAGCUCUCCACCGUCAUCCCCAACCUCAAGAAGAUGGACAAGGCGACGAUUCUCGGGGACGCGGUCAAGUACGUGAGGGAGCUGCAGGACAAGGUGAAGACCAUGGAAGACGACGACAGCGCCGCCGCCACCACAACCACCACCAUCCGCUCCGCCGUGCUCGUCAGCAAGAAGAUCAAGGCCGCCGCCGACGACGAGGAGGACGAGGACGCCGGCGAGUCGAGCCACGGCGGGCUGCCGGAGAUCGAGGUGCGGGUGUCGGACGAGAAGACCGUGCUGGUGCGCAUCCACUGCAAGAACGCGAGGGGGCUGCUGGUGAGGGUGCUGGCGGAGGUGGAGGACCUCCGGCUCGCCAUCACCCACACCAGCGUCAUGCCCUUCCCGGCCGACACCGCCAUCAUCACCAUCACCGCAAAGGUGGAAGAGGGAUUCAACUCAACAGUGGAGGAGAUCGUGAGGCGGCUCAACUUGUCACUGCGCCAACAUUACGGCGCCAAUAAUUCGGACGAUCGAAAUAGUGUCACCAAGAGAAGCUAGCUGCUCAUGCAAGUCGAUCAGCCCUUUCCUUGGAUGACUUUAUAUUCUGAAAACUGAGAGAGAAAUUCAUGGUGAGGAAUUGCUCGUUACGAUUGUGUGCAUGCAUGCAUCCAUGAUCAGCUUAUAGAUAUAUGUUGCACGCAUGCGUGCAUGCAUGGAGACGAGGAUUUCUCAGCCACAGGUUUGCAAGUUUUGGUUGCUAGCUAGCUACUUGCUGUUGCUCAAUCCCGAUCACACUGAUGAAAUAAUGAGGGCGGUAACCAGGAUACAUAUAAUAAGAUUUUUCUGCAUGUAA